UAUUGAAUUGCUUCGACCUAAUUUCCCACUUCCUUUCUAAGAUGAAAAUGGAGAGUAAGCACACGCAUGCUAAAGGGCUUCCCUCCGAGGGGAUCCUUCAUUCCCGAGUGUUCCCUGUCUGGGAAGCCCUGUUACAUCUCCUCCCUCCUUGGUUUCCAGGGGAGGGAGGAGAGAUUGUUUCCCCUGACUAGAUUCUCCGGGAAGGCUUGCUCUAAGCUACUCCUGACAACAGAAUUGUGUGGGGACACUGUGUUGCAAGGCUUCCGGACCUGGUGGGAGCAGUUCCUGCCUCCCGCCUGUUGGAAGCCAGCUCUGCUCUGUAGGAGUGGAAGAAGCCAGAACCAUGGGGCUUCAGUGUGCAGGUCCUUCUCUGCAGGAGGAUGUGGCAGCUGUGUCCUGAAGAAGGGCCCACCGGGAACAAUGCCGCCUCCGUCUGACAUUGUCAAAGUGGCCAUCGAGUGGCCAGGUGCUAACGCCCAGCUCCUUGAAAUUGACCAGAAACGGCCCCUGGCAUCCAUCAUCAAGGAGGUGUGCGAUGGGUGGUCACUGCCGAACCCGGAGUACUACACCCUCCGCUACGCAGAUGGGCCUCAGCUCUACGUCACCGAGCAGACCCGAAAUGACAUUAAGAACGGGACAAUCUUACAACUGGCCGUCUCCCCGUCCCGGGCUGCACGCCAGCUGAUGGAAAGGACCCAGUCAUCUAGUAUGGAGACCCGGCUGGAUGCCAUGAAGGAGUUGGCUAAGCUCUCAGCUGACGUGACUUUCGCCACAGAGUUCAUUAACAUGGAUGGCAUCGUUGUGCUGACGAGGCUCGUGGAGAGUGGGACCAAGCUCCUGUCCCACUACAGUGAGAUGCUGGCAUUCACCCUGACUGCCUUCUUAGAGCUCAUGGAUCAUGGCAUUGUCUCCUGGGACAUGGUUUCAGUCACCUUUAUUAAGCAGAUUGCAGGGUAUGUGAGCCAGCCCAUGGUCGAUGUGUCCAUCCUCCAGCGGUCCCUGGCCAUCCUAGAGAGCAUGGUACUAAACAGCCAGAGCCUGUACCAGAAGAUAGCGGAGGAGAUCACCGUGGGACAGCUCAUCUCCCACCUGCAGGUCUCCAACCAGGAGAUCCAGACCUACGCCAUUGCUCUGAUUAACGCGCUGUUCCUGAAGGCCCCCGAAGACAAGAGACAGGACAUGGCCAAUGCCUUUGCACAGAAGCACCUUCGGUCCAUAAUCCUGAACCAUGUGAUCAGAGGGAAUCGUCCAAUCAAAACAGAGAUGGCCCAUCAGCUGUAUGUCCUUCAGGUCUUGACCUUUAACCUUCUGGAAGAAAGAAUGAUGACCAAGAUGGAUCCCAAUGACCAGGCUCAGAGAGACAUCAUAUUCGAACUGAGGAGGAUCGCCUUCGACGCAGAGUCGGACCCCAGCAACGUCCCCGGGAGUGGGACUGAAAAGCGCAAGGCCAUGUAUACCAAGGACUAUAAAAUGCUGGGCUUCACCAACCAUAUCAACCCAGCCUUGGACUUCACCCAGACUCCUCCUGGAAUGCUGGCGCUGGACAACAUGCUGUACCUGGCCAAAGUCCACCAGGACACCUACAUCCGGAUCGUGCUGGAGAACAGCAGUCGGGAGGACAAACACGAGUGUCCGUUUGGCCGCAGUGCCAUCGAGCUCACCAAGAUGCUCUGUGAGAUCCUGCAGGUCGGGGAGCUCCCUAAUGAAGGGCGCAAUGACUACCACCCCAUGUUCUUCACCCACGACCGAGCCUUUGAGGAACUCUUCGGGAUCUGCAUCCAGCUGCUGAACAAGACCUGGAAGGAGAUGAGGGCGACAGCUGAGGAUUUCAACAAGGUUAUGCAAGUUGUCCGAGAGCAGAUCACCCGGGCUCUGCCCUCUAAACCCAACUCUUUGGAUCAGUUCAAGAGUAAACUUCGUAGCCUGAGCUACUCAGAAAUUCUGCGGUUGCGCCAGUCUGAGAGGAUGAGCCAGGAUGACUUCCAGUCCCCGCCAAUUGUGGAGCUUCGAGAGAAGAUACAGCCUGAGAUCCUGGAACUGAUCAAGCAACAGCGCCUGAACCGGCUGUGUGAGGGCAGCAGCUUCCGGAAAAUCGGGAACCGUCGUCGGCAAGAGAGGUUCUGGCACUGCCGCUUGGCACUGAACCACAAGGUUUUGCAUUACGGUGACUUGGAUGACAACCCUCAAGGGGAGGUGACAUUCGAAUCCCUGCAGGAGAAAAUUCCUGUUGCAGAUAUUAAGGCCAUUGUUACCGGAAAAGACUGUCCUCACAUGAAAGAGAAGAGUGCCCUGAAACAGAACAAGGAGGUGUUGGAAUUGGCCUUCUCCAUCCUGUAUGAUCCUGAUGAGACACUGAAUUUCAUUGCUCCCAACAAAUAUGAGUACUGCAUCUGGAUUGAUGGACUCAGCGCUCUCCUGGGGAAGGAUAUGUCCAGCGAGCUAACCAAGAGCGACUUGGACACACUGCUGAGCAUGGAGAUGAAGCUGCGGCUUCUGGACUUGGAGAACAUUCAGAUCCCCGAGGCGCCACCUCCGGUCCCCAAGGAGCCCAGCAGCUAUGACUUCGUCUAUCACUAUGGCUGAGCGGGAAGGGACUGGGGCCCAGGAGAGACACUGGCAGCCCACGCCUUGCCCUCCACUUGUACAAACUCUGUAGUGAUUGUGGUAACUACUCCUCAGAGCCAGUGGGACCCAGAGCUUCUCUCUGUCCCAUCCACCAGGAGUCAUGAAGUCAGGGCAUGCUGCCCUCCUCAGCACCACAGAGCCUGGGUCGGGCUUGGAGGAGUGAACUCAUGCUGCUCUUGCCUCCCGCUCUGAGUCGCAUCUGCAUCUGGUACUGGACCUACUGACAGCCAUCCCCUUUCCUUUCAAGCCUCCUCUCUGGUUUGUUGGAGCCGAAGCUGGUCCAUGAAAGGCUGACCAUGGGGGCAAGAGGCCUGGCGAGCUCGGUGACAGCCUCGGAGUGACUGUCGUCAGGGGGCUCAGGCAAGAACAGGCCUUGAGCUCCUGCUUAAUAGGUCUCUGAGGGCUCAUCCUAGCCUCGUCCUGUGCCUCAUGCUGCUGCCUCUGGGGUUUGGCCCUACCAUCUCUAGUCUCUAGAGACGCCGGUCUCUCUUAUCCUUGCAGGUAUCAGGACAGGUAGUAAUUUUGCCCCAAGCCCUCAGCCUCAUCCUGGCCAGGCAGAGGCCUCCAGCCUGAGUCCUGCUCUCUUAGGCUUUAGCUGAACGCUGCAGGGAAAGGCAGGCUGAGGCCUCUGGCUCCCCCCACCCCUCCAGUCCUCUCUCGUCCUUGCUGAGGGACAAUAUUCCCAAGCUCCCUCAGUUACAGGCCCCCCCCCCUCCCGUUUGCUUCCCUCCUGCCUCAGACAGGGGCGUUGCCUUCCCUUUCUCCCCUUCCUGGCGCUGUGGUUUCUGCCAUUAGCCAUGAUUUCACAGCGGCUGGGGCCACAGCUGUGCCACGGCCUUCAUUGGUGCUGCAGCACUGGAAGCCCACGCACAGCCUCUUUCCUUGGACGCAUGUUACCAUGGUGGUACUCAGUACUGGUAGCCUGGCAUGGUGGGUACUACCCAGUGAAGAGUGUACUAUAUAUUUUCUUUACUAUAGGCCAUACUUAUACAGACAUGUAUAUAUAUUUAUAUAAGAUCUUCCUAUCUUAGGAUAGAAUGUUUAAGGGAAAAUAAAAUCGAGAACAAAACUGUAGUGCUCUCAGUCAUGAGCUGUGAGUGUAACCAGAGAGCAGAGCAGCCAGGAGCUUCCUGUCAGUGAUGUGUUUUCAAUAAAUACUCUUUCAUGUAGACUGCUUCCUAUCCACACCUCUUCCUCUGCACUUAUUCCCUGUCUCAAGGGUAAGGAGCGGCCUGACAGCCUUCAUUUCAGUGUGCCUGGGAGCAUGUGGAGAGCAUCUCCCUCUCCCCUCAUCUCUCCUGCUCUUGUCAUGCGCAGACUACUCACACCUGCUGGCUAAGGAUGCUCACAGCUUGUACUACAGGACAGAGCGUUUUCUGCUCAGUCGUGCUGGGUACAACGUGGAAAGGCAUACUGUACACCCCCAAGAACCCAUCCUCCCUUUUUCCCCUGCCAGGGAACAGCUCGAGUACUUGUGCCUUUCAAAGAAGACAUGUUCCGCACCCCGCAUGUUGCCUGCAGUUAGUGCCCAGCUUGCCAGCUGGUGCUUUAAGCUGGUGCUCCCAUCAGCAACCUUGGUAGCUGGGAGGUUUGAAUGAAGGCAGUGAUGAAAAUAGAUACUUCCCCUUGCCGCUGUCAGAAUGGGGUGAGGACAGGCGCUUUCAGAAGGCAUAGAAAGUGCAUGCAACGCAGGCUUUGAGGGCUGAAUGAAGCCAAGACCUUGGGCUGUGAUGGGCACCAUUGUAGGUCUCAGGAAGCAUUGAAUCAACGAAUGCUUUCGUGAUGCCAGCUGGCAACAGCCUACAGCAGCAGUGUGCACAAAGCACAGCUUACACGCUGGCCUUGAGCCUUCUGCUAGGAGCCAGGAGCCCAGCCAAGUCAUGUGCAAGGAUCCCUGUUUGCAGCCAGUCCUAGUAGAGCCCGGAUGAGCAGAAGCCGAGAAAUGGGCCAGCUCGGGUCUGCAGCCCUAGCUUGCAUGGCUUAGAGGUUAUCUUGCCCGCAUACUCUGUACCUGAAAUGAGUCAAAUCCAGGUGUGCUAAACUGGUGUUCUGUGGCCACUGUAACCUGCUUCCCUGGGCUCCCGGUAAGACUAGAUCCUUCUUACCCCCUUCCUUUUGGGUUCCAUUUCCUCUGGGAUGAACUUCACGUACUCAGCCUAUUGAAUAAUUCUCACAAAUUUAUAGGCAUACGCAAUGUCACAAAGUGUCCAUUGUCACUUUGCCAGGACGUUUUACUUCUAAAAUUUAAUGGUGUCAUGUCA